CACUUUUAAAUGACUGAAUGCGUUCUGCGGGUCAGCUCCAGCUCAGAUUUAAAAGCUUGGCUGCCUCUUCACCUUUGCCACAAACCCAACUGUGAGCUGGUCCAGGGACCUUCCUGUUGCCAGUUCCAACUUGUGAUGUGGCAUCUUCUACUCCUCCUGCCUCUCUGGCUGUGACUUGCCAUCUUUUCUUUCCCAGCUACUCCUUCCCAAAGGCAGCUGUUGCGAGAAGAGGGAUGCACUUGCUUCUGCUAUUCACCUUCCUUAGUCUCUUGUGUCUGCCGGUGCAGGGCUGGGUCCUUAAGAAACCCACCCAGAAUGAGCAGUGGAAGACGCUGGACCGUUUGCAGAACAGAGAGCUGGUAAGAGGGCUCUUGUUGGGGAAUGGGAAGCAAGGUUUUAUUUAGAAUUCGCUCUGCAACACCUGGAGAGUUAACAAAAAAGAGUGCCUUUGAAAAAAAUGGGCAGAGCACAACAUAACCCCAGCCCACUCCGGAAAACAAGCUCUUUUUCCAAAAAUCCUCUAAUUAUUUACAAUUUAAUACAUUGUUGGCAUCUGUCUGUCUUGGGAGACAAUUUAAUACAUUUAAUGCAUAAAAAGCUUGUAAGUUGCUGUGGGUUGCCUUGGAUAUGAUGAAAGUGCUUAACAAAUUUAAUAAAUAAUAAUAAGAAAACACCAAAAGCUACCACUUGUAAGCAGAAAGGCCAACGUUUGUAUUUUCUUCAACAUUCCUUGUUGAAGCAACAAACCAAACCCAAUAUGUGGUGAUGCACCACUUGACAAAAAGUGGCCUGAGGUCCACAAAAGCUUAAAUUUGAUAGGAUUACGUGACCCAACUGAGUUUUCCUCAGAGUUAACCCAUUGAAAUUAAAGGUAAAGGUAAAGGGACCCCUGACCAUUAGGUCCAGUCAUGGCUGACUCUGGGGUUGCGGCGCUCAUCUCGCUUUAUUGGCCGAGGGAGCCGGCGUACAGCUUCUGGGUCAUGUGGCCAGCAUGACUAAGCUGCUUCUGAUGAACCAGAGCAAUGCACGGAAAUGCCGUUUACCUUCCCGCCAGAGCGGUACCUAUUUAUCUACUUGCACUUUGACGUGCUUUCGAAUUGCUAGGUUGGCAGGAGCAGGGACCAAGCAACGGGAGCUCACCCCAUCGCGGGGAUUCAAACCACCGACCUUCUGAUCGGCAAGUCCUAGGUUCUGUGGUUUAACCCACAGCGCCACCCUCCUCCCCCAUUGAAAUUAAUGGACCUAAAUUAGUCAUGCCCAAUUAAUUUCAGUGGGUCUGCUCUGAGUCCAACCAAUAUACAAUCAAUAGCCUUUAAGCAGAGAGGUGGUGAGCCACUGCAUGUGGUUUUGUGGGCCAGGCCACAGAUUUGCCACCCCUGUUUUAAGGCGCCGCAAUACUUCUCAUUCACUUUGCUGCAAAAGAUUCACGUGGCUGUCCUUCUGGAAACACAGUCUCAAGCAGUCCUUUUCUUUCUAGGAGAAAAAGGUGCAAGAACACUGCCCUGUCCCUCCUGCUUCUGCGCACAAGCAGGAAGUGCAGGGCAGCUCUGUGGACGGGCAGAGCUGAAGCGCAGAGAAGCUUAUUCCCUGCCUGUCAACUCUGCGAGCUGCCCUGUCCCUUCUGCUUGCUUGCAAAAGCUGGAGAAACAGGGCGCCUUGCAGAGCUGAGGAAGGGAAGACUUUCCAUGUCUCAACUGUUAGCCUGGGAGGCUGAAGAGCCUAAUUAAAGCCCCGCUGCACCUCUGGCUCAUGAGAAGACCCUCUCCAGUGCCCAUAGAGGGUGUCCUCUUUGUGCUCCAGGGAGAGCCUUCUCGUGAGCCAGAGGCAUGGUGUGGGGAGAGGUGCCGGAACGCACCAGUACCUUCCAGAUGGGGAAAAAACCCCUGGCCUCAAGGGAUAAAGGCAGGCGCCCUUAACUUACAGCCCCACUGGUUAAAAAAUGGCAGAUUAAAAAUUAUCCCUUAAUAUGUCAUCUGAUUAAUUUACCAUUAAAAAAACAAAAACGGUUAAAGGAGGCCAGCCCGAUUCUCUGCCAAAUGCAGCCCACUGAGGAGUCACAAGCUGACAAAAUCCACUACUGGAUUUGACAAAAGCAGGUUAGUUCAUUCCUUGUUGGGCUGCUGUACAAGCCACCAAUCAAUGUCUCCUUCACAGUUUGAACAGCCCUAGAUUAAGAUCUGCACGUCUUACUCCAAAUAGUGCCCAGAAGGAUGGGGGUGAGCAGGUCAUAUCCACAGUGAGGACGCUGGCUGCUACAUCUGUAAUGAUGGAAGAUUUGCGGUUUGCUGUGCUUGUGCACUUACACACACACAUGCACCCCUGUGUGUGCACUCACAGGGCCCAUUUUUACCACAAAGUUCCAUUAGGUAAUUGACUCUCAAACAUAAGAGUGCCACUCUCCUUUCGCUAUCUUGUUUUUCCCUUUUGCCCUUCCUCUGAUCUCUCAAGAGAUACUCAGGUUAAAAGUCAAGAGCUUUCUGAGCUUGGCAUCCUGUCUGUCAAGACUCCACUUCCCCAGAGGCCUUCUUAAUGCUUGCCGGUUGACUUUGAGGACUCUACAAAGUGCCUAGCCAACAAGAAGGCUUUGUUUCUUCAAAGUGGGGAAUAAGCGACAUGCCACAGCGAUGACAUCUAGUACAAGGAUAGGCAUAAUAGAAUUGUAGUAGCAUUGGAAGGAACCAACGGGUUCUGGGCUAGGAAUCUCCCCCGCCUGAAACCCUGGAGAGUGGCUGCCAGUCAGAGUAGACAACACUAGACUGGAUGGACUUAAUACAGUGGUAUCUCGGGUUACAUACACUUCAGAUUACAUAUGCUUCAGGUUAUAGACUCCGCUAACCCAGAAAUAGUGCUUCAGGUUAAGAACUUUGCUUCAGGAUGAGAACAGAAAUCGUGCUCUGGCGGCGCAGCAGCAGGAGGAGGCCCCAUUAGCUAAAGUGGUGCUUCAGGUUAAGAACAGUUUCAGGUUAAGAACGGACCUCUGGAAUGAAUUAAGUACUCAACCCGAGGUACCGCUGUAUAAGGCAGGUUGCUAUAUUCCCUGAUCAUUUAUCUGGUACUCUCACAGUUGCAAGAGGAAAUACAAACUGGAGUGAGAUUGUGAAGGGAACAAAUCUAGAUUCCAGUCAGGGGUGACCAAUAAAUUUACAUUAUUCAUCUGUUAUUGUCCCCCCCCCCCCACAGUUUCUCAGCGCCCUGCAGUCGUACCUCAGCACCAAGGGUAUCCAAGUGGAGAGAACUGCUCCGCCAUUUGUCCUUCUCUUAAAGGGUCACAACGCUAGGACACAUGGGGAGCUGGAAGGGCAAGAGCUGGUGAUCAUGGAGCCCGAGGUGGAUGAGUGGAUGAAUAAAUAGGCAUGAACAGCAGGUGAGCAUCUAAACACAGAACUACAACCAACAGUCCUGUUGCCCCACAGGCUUGCUAGGGUAGUAAUCAGGUUGCCCCCAUCUCUUUCUGUUUUUAAUAGCUAGCAACGUUUCCACACUUCUGUGUUACCAUUUGCUAAGUUCAACACUGUGCACCGUCUAUUGGCUGAAGCAUGGCACAAAUUCAAAAUUCAGAUCCUGAGUGUUAGAUGCAAAUUUGCAGAUCCAACAGCACAUAACAUUUUAGCUUUUUAAGAAAUUUGCUUAACUUUGGAGGCAAUGGUAUAAAAGACUGUUAAUUCAUCCAAUCCAUAUUGACCUGCCUUAGCUUUUAAGACUAAUUUUAUUGGCCUUGCUCUCCAGCCUGUUGCUACAUGAGAUCAGACAGGGCCUUCUCAGUGGUGGUGUCAAUCCUUUGGAAUUCUGUCCACUGGGGAUCGCCGCCCGCCCUGCUUUCAGGUGUCUGUUUAAAAAGACCUAUUCUGCCUAGCUUGCAAACACUUCUUUUAUCCACCAGACCACUUCCUGAAUCAUCUGAAAACCAUACAAUUAAUCAACUAAGAUUUGUUUAAUUGGGUUAGAGUUGUAAGAUUUAAUACAUUAAAAUAUCAUAAAGUCGUCCUUUUGGGGGUGAUGCUGGGAGAUUGGCAGUGAUAAAUGGGGGGAUGUAUAUUAUAUAUUUACACAAAAACAAAAAAAACCCUAGAGGUUUCAUUUUCACCCUCUGAACGCAGCUCCAGUAGGGAGGAAUGUGUGCAUGUUGUCUGGGAGGAAGCAAAGUGUUACUCAAGAGGAAUCAGAAGGAAAUGUUUCAAAAUUGAUGAAUGACUGUUACAGAUAGAUAAAAGAGGAUUUACUCUGCUCAGCUAUUCCGAGGACAGGUUAUAACAAUUUAUAAAAGCCUUAGCAGAAAUUGGUAAUUGAACAGGUGAUGUGUAGGGAGAAGGGAUGAAGGUAUUUUGAAAUGAUAGUUGGAAGAGUUAUUUUAUUGGGAGAAGCAAAGGAGGGAGGAAAAUAGAGGGGGCACCUGGGGUGGGUGGGAAGUUAGCUUUUAAAUUUGUAUUGAAUUUGUAUUAAUUUGGUGAUAAUUUGUUAAAAAUUAUGGAAAACCAAUUUUAAAAACUGGCAAAAAAAUAGCAGUUCUUAGUGUGCAACAUAGGGUUGAAGUGGGAGAAGCAGAAAGGUUUGGGAGUUCAUUGUAGACCAUCCUGUGAUCCUCGGAUGAAGGGCAGUAUAGAGAUUUACUACUACAGUGGUACCUCGGGUUACAGACUCUGCUAACCCAGAAAUAGGACCUCGGGUUAAGAACUUUGCUUCAGGAUGAGAACAGAAAUCGUGCUCCAGCGGCACGGCGGCAGCAGGAGGCCCCAUUAGCUAAAGUGGUGCUUCAGGUUAAGAACAGUUUCAGGUUAAGAACAGACCUCCAGAACGAAUUAAGUACUUAACUCGAGGUACCACUGUACUUAUAAUAAUGCAGCCCACUAAAAUCAAGUACAAAUGAUUCUGGUUCCCAUCCUUUCUCUUCUCUGCUAACUGUAAGUUAUACAUUUUAAUGCUAAUUAAAUGCUAAUACUUUGUCAUUUCUUUUUAUCCAUUCAGGUGAAAUACUGUCUUUAAACAGCUGGUCAUCCCCUGAACACCUCUGAUUUGCUGCUUUUGAUGUUGCAUUCUUCUUACAUUUGCCAGAGAAUUGCUUUUUGAUGGUUAGAUAAAUUUCUUCAUAUGUAUUGGCACAUCCUCAGUAGAUUUUGCCUAAGCUAAAUUUGAAGGUGUGUGGUGUAGUGAUCAGAGUGGCACAUUAAAAAUGGAGAGACACAGGUUCAAAUUCCAGCUCAAGCUCAGCCAUGAAACUCACUUGGUGACCUUGGGCCAAUGACUCUUCUUUGUAGCCUUAACCUAUCUCACAGGUUUACUGUGCCAGUAAACAAGAGACAAGAUGGGAAUACCAUAUGCUUGAGCUUUUUGCAGGAAAGGCAAGAUAUAAAUGUUAAACAAACUGCCUUCUUUGUCACCAGUACUAAACACCAUGUACCUUUGGCUGAGAGGGGCUUGCCCUUCCCACUUUGUUUGAUCCAUCUAGCUCAGUAUUUUCAACACUGACUUAUAGAAGGCUCUCCAUCAUUUCAGACAGUGGACAUUCUCACUCCUACCAGGAGAUGCCAGAGGAUUGAACCUGGAAUCUUCCGUAUGCAAUACUGUUCCACUGAACUAUGACCCUUCCCCUGAGGGGAGGGGACUGGCACAGUAUGAUCACAUAAGUAGUUUUGCUGGGUUCAAGAAAGUUUGGAAACUAUACCUUGUGAAAAGUUAUGCAGUGGUAGUUUGCAC